AUGAGAUUUGUAAUCACCCAAAUCAGCUUUCCCGUGAAUCCUGAGCGCAGGCAGAGGUGGAUUUCUCUUUUAGAUCUGGAGAAUCAGCACAUCAUAAAGUAUGCUCAGAUUUGCUCAAAUCACUUUGAUCAGAGCGAUAUUAUGGUUACCGAAUUAUCUGGUCGAAGACAAAUAAGACCAGAUGCUGAGCCCCAAUUGAACACAACAGUCUUCACUGGGGCUUCAUCUUUCAGUUCGGACUCCACCAUCAGCAACUUUCCUAAAAAACUUCUUAGAUCGCUAGAUGUUGAUUUUGAAAGCCCAUUUGAAAAUUCAGAAUGUUCUGUUCUGCCCUCAGAUCUGACCGAAGUCACAGCUGAGCAAAACAAUGUGGGCUCCUCAAAUUUAAUCUUGCCUGAAACCAAACAUUUCGAACAGAAAUCCUCUUCGUCUACAGAAACAACAGAAACUGCUUCAGAAACGGAAAUGGUAAUUCACCGGGCAGGAUCACCACAGCCCUCUUCUGCUUUUUCAGAAGCUAUAGAUUCAAAAAGGCAAGAUCAUCAGAGGAUUAGAAAAAGGUGCACAUCAUAA